GUGUAAACUCUGCACGUAUGACAACAAGGAAACGCUGGAAUACAAUGACCUUUUCACAGCAUUUUGGGUUUGCAUGCAACAUUACUAACAUAGUUUUGAUCAACACGUUCAUCUGCAAUUUGUGUUAACCUUCCUAUUGGCCAGCAACCACCAUAAAUGGUUAGUCAAUUCUACUAUUUAAAGCCCGCCUACCCAACCAGAGUGACUCGGGAGAAUCGUGGAAGGAGUGUUGAUAGGCCGCUGUGUUCUUUCCACAGAAUGUCGGAUUAUGAGUUGUCGGUAAUCGCGCUCAAUGACCUGCUGUCGACCAGUUGCGGUCUUUAUGCCCUGCCUUCAGAAGACAUAAAUGAGGUUUUUCCUCGAAUCUACGUGGGUAACAAGUGAGUUAUCUGUGGUGAAGGGGUUAAAGGAAUGUGAGCUCUGCGGGUUAUGUUAUGUUUUCCUUCCUAAACACAAGUUCCUGUAUGUAUGCAGUAGCCAUGGUUACAGUAUGGCUGUCGAUUUCCUGCGUUCUAUAUGGGGUAUGCUUUGUAAUCUAAGCAAGGCAGUGAUUUUACAGGAACUGUCACUUCUGACAAAGUGACAGUUUCGCUUUCCCUCCCCUUGUUAAAGGCUAUGGGAGGGCUGCUAUCAGUUACACAAAAUAUUCGAAUUGACAGCUCAGCUUUUACAAUAAAUUACUCUGUUACGUUACUGUUCGCAAGAUGUUCUGUAGGUUGCUAUAUAUUCACAGAAUGAGUAGGUAACUUUUUAGCAGAGGUUGCCCAAACAAGAAGUGUGUUGGUGUGCUGGUCCUGUGUUUUGUUUUUUUGUAAUGGCUACCUGUCAUGCCCAAAACUACUUGUGCUCUUUUUGGGGAGCAUCUGAUCUCAUCUAUAUAUUGUGCUUGUAGUUUUGCUAGCAAAAGUAUAGAUUGAGAGAAAAACCCUAUUUAAAUAUAGGCUUUCUCCCACCUGUCAAUCAACUCUAUGGCAUAGGCAAUAGACUCUAUGCUGAGGGAUUGAUUGAUAAAGGAGAGCAGAAGAGACCACCUAUAGGCAGUCCUACUCUCCAUAGUGAGUGCGCUGUGGUUGCUCUGGUAACCCCCUGGGUGGUGCUACUAGUGCUGGCUAAGGAGUAUAGGAAUGGUUUCUGACGUCACUGUGUUUGGAUGCCUGCAUUAUGCCAGUGUGUCGGUGGCAUAGUGACACCCCCCAAGUGCCCUGACAUGUGCCCUGUUAGCCUCUCUUGUGGGGGACCUCAGGAUCCCCCCCAGAGGCAUUCAAGCCUUUCACAACGCGGGCGGCGAGGGAGCACUGUCAUCUGAGCUGGGGUGCCCAAGUUUUGUCAUGCCUAGGGCCGCACAAAUUCAAAAUACACCACUGGGUACCCCUGAAAUGCACACAGCCAAGGUAUACAGUUGCCACAUACACUGCAAGGCUCACACACAUUGCUAAACACACAUAUAGUCACACUGCUAGACAUAAACUGCAAGACACACACGAAGUAUCACACAUUACUACACCUACACUUUGACAAUGCUGUUUUCCCAGUAAUGGCCUUGGCAGCACUGCUCUCAGGUUAACUCCUCCAUUCAUUCCCAUUGGACAUGAAUCAAAUCAAUAAUUAUAAAUACCUCCCUUUUUUCUCUAGAUGCCCAGUUCUUUUUCCUGUCCAAACUCCUAGUAGGCUGCUAUAUUUUUCUUUUUGGCUUACCAAGGACUAGUUGCUUCCUUGGCUCAGAGUUCAGCCUCUCUCCUCUAAAAACUGCAGUACACAGUGCCUCGCCAAGGGCCCAUCCCCUGGAGGUCCCCCCAUUGGAGACCCUGGUCGACAAAUUAGCCCAACAACAGGGGAGAUGGUGGCAAAGCCAGCUUUUCCAGACAGGGUAAAGGAUUCUGACAGGAGGAGAGGCAGGAGAUCUCCAGAGGUAUGAGCUCUCGAGAGUUGGGAGCUUCUUUGCUCUUAUUCAGAGACAUUUGGGGCUAUUCCAUUAAGGACAGAUGGGUGCACUGUAUCAUUGAAGAAGGUUAUUGUGAUGAAGCUUCCAUACUCUGACUUAGUACCUUCACCAGGUUUACUUUCACAUGGGACUCUGGAACACUUUAGACCCAGUCGCUAAAGCUUCACUGGGGUCUCUCUGGAACUCUUGUCCCAGGCUACGAGGAUCAAGCAGCCAGCCAACCAACAGAUCAGAAGACUCUGUUACUGGCAUCUCUGAACAAAUUCACACAGGACACACAGUUCUAAAAUGAACUAACAUACAUUUCUUGCAGACUAGUCCUUAACCCCUUAAGGACGGCGGGUGUACUAUGCCGUCUUUGAAAGGAUGGCUCUAAACGCCAGAGGGCGGCAUAGUACUCCCAGCCAUCCUUCCGCAGCCCUGUCCCCCUGUACUCACCUGGACCGGCGAUCCGUGGGGAUGCCGGUCCAGGGGGACUGCCCGAGACCCCAACAGUCACCCUGCAGCAGCUCCGGCAUGAUCACAGAAGUCUAUGGAGCUGUCUGCAGGGGGACUGUCUGAGCUGUCAGUCAAUCCCCUAGACUCCUAAAAAUAAAAAAAAAUAGCAAAUAUAUUAUACAUAUUAUAUUUGUGGUCGUAUACAAGAAACCGAGUUAUAGUAAUGGUGGUGUAAGUCGGUUGUGGUGUGCCGGAAACAACGUUCGGGUAGGCCUGUAAAAGAGGGCCCACCAAGAUGAAUGGCUUAAUAAAGGGAGUGGCGGGUGGGCUGAACUAGGCAGUAUCAGCCCAGAGGAAGGGGAAGGCCGGGUAACUCCUCCCACAACUCCAGGCUUCGCCUAACUGCUCAGCCUUCUCAUUUGUGGUCGUAUACAAUAAGCAGAGUUAUAGUAAUGGUGGUGUAAGUCGGUUGUGGUGUGCCGGAACCAACGUUCAGGUAGGCCUGUAAAAGAGGGCAAAAAGUUUAACACUGAAUACGUGUUGACAUUACAUAACCAAUACUUAAACGCAUGUCUCAAUUCCCUCUCAGGUUGAGGGCUAUAUCUUGCAAAUGCAGAUGACUCUACUACCCCAGCCAUUAGAUGAAAUGUACUGGGAUAUUACUAGAGGUAGUAGGAGCAGCGCAUAUUCUUUUAGAAUGACCUGAAAACGUUAACGGUUGUAUUUGAGUAAUUUUUUAAGUGUUGUGAGCUAGUUAAAGGUUGAGGUGGCAAAAAUAUGUGAACUCCACCAUUGAAUCAAUUUGCAGAAGUGAGUUUAUUGAAAAUGGCCAGAGCCCAGUGCAUGAAUAGGUGGCAUUAGCAGAUCGUGUUGCGUGUGCCAGAAAUUAAAUCCUGUAAUGAAGGGGUUUGGUAGGUCGUUUGGCCGCCGUGGUGAGAGUUUGGAAGAAUACGAGAAAUUGUGAUCGAGUCACCUCAUCAGUUGCUAUGUUCUGACAGCCUGGUAUGGGUAUGUGAACAAAGAAGAGCUUCUUUGUGCUGAGCAGCAAUUAUGCAAAUGGGAACCUGGUAACUGCCUUUGGGGUCAAAAGCCAAUUACAGCCUGUGACGAAAUGCCUUUUGUCACUGGAUUUUUAGGUGACAAGUUGCCCUUUGCCCCUGGCUGUUGGAGGAGCCUGAGUGCCAGCCUCCUGCCUCAUGACUACAGCCCUGGGUUGUAUGGCACUUUACAAACAUUAUUUGGGCCAAUGGAUUUAUAUUGUGCUGCUGCUGGCCCUUUAAGAACUGCAUUGUGGUUUAUGGACUUGUAUUGGACCAUGCUGGCCCUUUAAGAACUGUCUGGGGAUAUAUUGAGACUUUGUGUGACAAUGCCCCUUUAAGACUAUGUCCCCAGACCUUUCAAAUACUUGGCUUUGGCUUUAUGGCUUUUUCCCACUUGGUUCAGUAAAUGGGGCUUACUGAACCAAGUACCACACAGGCGGACCACCUGUAUUGGGAGUGUGUCGGCAAUUUACCUCCCAGAAGCUGCAGUUAACUACAGCUUACUUGACAAUGCUGGGUGGCCUUCGUUCGUUUGCCGAACACGUGGCGGCGGCCAUCUUUGUUCAUUCGCACGAGGUCAGCGGUAUGUGUAGCCAAAUUCACGGAACUGAAAUCGGCUACACAUUUCCGCGAACACCGCUGAGCCCUACCUUCCUCCACAAUGAUUUUGCAGCCGCAGAGACCAAGUCCCAUUCGGCGAUGGGACUUAGUUGUUUUUUCAGCAUGAAAUAGACCGACCGCACAGCCCAAAUCUAUGGAACUGUUUUGGGCAUGAAAAUGUGCUUGCGGUCGGUCAUAAAGGGAGCUCCAGCUAACUUUUUAACCCCUGGAUGGAAUUGGCUGAAUUUUGGUUAUGUUUAUAUUUAAAGUAUGCUGAUUCUGAAUAUGAUGCAUAUUUUUAAAGUUACAGUAUAUGUAUAAAAAGUGUAUUUUUCCUGCCUGUGAUAAAUUACAUUAACCCACUGUGUUCAGUAAUUAUAUCACAGGCAGAGGGGAGGGAUUGUAUUUUGGGGCUGGGUGUGUUUUAUGGUUUUCCUGUAAAUGAUUGGUUGUACUGUGUCCCACCCUUUGGGAUGUCCCCUUGCAUGGGGACUUGCAUAAAAGCCAGUGUGUGGUCAUUAAAAGGAGAUCAUCUUGUACCUUCAUGAAGUUUCGGCUCAUGUUUGGGGGAUUGGAGAACUACACUCUGGGGAUUGCUAUAAUCACUAUACUCCACAGGGUAUGAUCACUAAGCUCUGCUAAGAGCUUGUUCCUGCUCUCUGGAAUUCGGAGAGAGGUCGACCUACUGGAAGCUGGACCCUGGUCUUGGGUCCAGAGUGGGUGGAGACGGCGAGACCCCAACCAAGCUGCAGCGGUUCGUGGGGUCUGCAGUGGUUAUGGUGUCGGGCAGAGUGCUUGGAGUCCUCGGAAAGUACUAGGAGCAUCCGUCAGCGGAAGGUACCCGGUCGGGGUGCCAGCGGUUCCGUUACACAGCCUAUCAGGAGGGGUAUGUAGGCCCAGUUCUCAUCCUGCUCAGUGCCCUGUCGUGGUUUCCCUUGUGGUUGUCCGAGAGCUAUUCCUGACUAUUUUUUGGGUACGUUAGUCCGGCCAUUCUAAGGUCCGUCAUAGGUUACCUAUUAGUCCUCUGUGUUACACAAUUUUACCACAUGACAGGAGGCUUCAUAUUUGCUUAUCUUUCUUUACUGAAAACUCCAGCAGCAUAGAAACAUAACAACCAAUCAGAAAAAAGUUAUGAUGCCCAUAAAAGGCCCUGUCUAUGACAUCACUUCCUCUUUCUUUGCUGCUCCAGCCUUACAUCAGGUCAGAGUCUUUUACCUGUCUGGUAGAUUCUUAAUUUACACUGUUUUUUGAUUGUUAUACCACUAUAUAUUACUCUAUUUAUUGCUAACACCUGCUACCUUGGCCCCCUUAUUCCUGUCCCUUCACUGUAUCCCUCUGUUUUUUCCCCAUUUUUAUUUCCACCUUACUGCCUGGUAUCCGCGGGCGCAACGACUACCCAUGUCGCGCUCGCCUCGCAGACCGGCCCUUUCACUUACACAGGGGACUGUAUGGGGACGGGUGGAGGGAGGCUGGGGUCAGCGUUUGUGUAGCAUUUAUCCCCUUUGUUUUGCACCGCGCGACCGCGAUCCGCGGCGCACCUUCACAUGUGGGCGGCGGCCAUCUUGGAUCUCGCGGCUCGCGAGAUACCCGACGGCCACCUUCCCUGCUCGCUCGGCGGAUCGGGAACUCACCCGACCGCCGGGCUCCACAAGUGUAUGCUCUCCCAAGUGAACAAUGGGAGAGUGCAAGCUGGAUUUCAGUUUUUUCUCCAUGUAUUCUUUCGAUGUAUUUUGCCACAGUGCCUGCCAACAGUGUCUGCCAAACAAAUACUUACAUGCAGGCAUUAAAGGAGAUUAUGUCUUUGUACCUUACUCAGGGUCUAUACCCUAUACAGGGUCAUACCAUAUUACUAUACCCUGCACAGGGUCAUACUAUAUUACUAUACCCUACAGGAAUCACCCGAUCACCGCGCCCUGCAUCUGGAUUAACCCCUUCAGGGGUCCCCCUCUCUGGGCACAUUCAGUUAUUGAUACAAUUAUUUUUUAUUCUCAUGGAUAUAUCUCUCAUGGUGCCUUACACUGGAUGAUUAUAUGUUGAGCAGGCACACAAUCUAUGUAUUAUUGUGAAGCCAUACAAUAUCACAGUCGUUAUACAAAACAUAUACUGUACCUACCGUGUUUCCCCGAAAAUACACCCUACCCCGAAAAUAAGACCUAGCUGAAUUUUCGGGGUGGGCUGCAAUAUAAGCCCUACCCCGAAAAUAAGACCUAGGCAUUGUACCUUUCGGCCCGGCGGGACUUCCUUCUUCUAUGAGGAGGAGGAGGAGCGUUGCAGGCCGCGGCAUCGCGCAACGUGAUGACGACGUGCGCAGCGUCGUCAGUCUGCCUUCACGGAUCUUCAGCGGAAGGAUCCAUUUCCGGGCGGUGAGGCACCCAGUGGUCGGACUCGGCGGGCAAGGAAGGCAUCUUUGAAAUGUGAGUAGAUAUUUUAUGUCUGGGACUGAAUUAAUUAAAGGGGGCGAUGAAUUAAUUAAAGGGGGGGCUGGAUUAAUUAGAGGGGGGUGGAUUUAUUAAAGGGGGGUUGGAUUAAUUAAACGGGGGGUGGAUUUAUUAGAGGGGGUGGAUUUAUUAAAGGAGGGGUGGAUUUAUUAGAGUGGGUGGAUUAAUUAGAGGGGGGUGGAUUAAUUAGAGGGGGGUGGAUUAAUUAAAGGAGGGGUGGAUUAAUUAAAGGAGGGGUGGAUUAAUUAAAGGAGGGGUGGAUUAAUUAAAGGGGGGUGGAUUAAUUAAAGGAGGGGUGGAUUAAUUAAAGGAGGGUGGAUUAAUUAGAGGGGGCUGGAUUUAUUGGGGGGGUGGAUUUAUUGGGGGGGUGGAUUAAUUAAAGGAGGGUGGAUUAAUUAAAGGGGGGUGGAUUAAUUAGAGGGGUGGAUUAAUUAGAGGGGGUGGAUUUAUUAAAGGGGGGUGGAUUAAUUAAAGGGGGGGUUCAAUGUACAUACCGGUACCAUAAAUAAAUAAGCCCUACCCUGAAAAUAAGCCCUAGUGUGUUUUUUGGGACUAAAAUUAAUAUAAGACCCAGUCUUAUUUUCGGAGAAACACGGUAUAACAAGAUCAACUAUAUCACUGUACCCUACGAAGGGCAUAUUGUGUUACUGUACCCUACAAAGGGCAUAUUAUAUUAUAUUAUAUUAUUGUACCCUACAGAGGGUCAUAUUAUAUUACUGUACCUGACGGUGCAAAUUUAUGUGGGUGUCCUCUGGGUAAUUUUUCAUGGCACACCACCUGGGAUGACCCCCAGAUAUGCAUGCAAUGCUUGUAAGGUGCCAAUAAUUAUAAUAUGGGUGUCCUCUGGGUUACCAUGGCACACCACCUGGGAUGAACCCAGCCUAAUAGACAUGGGUCCUGCGGCUGCAGACCUUAUGGAGACAGGCCCCAUGCGCCUAUAUAGUAAGCCUGUUUAGUUAAAAACCGUGCAUACAGCUCUGGCGUUCAUUUGUGGUGAACCCGGCUAGCCAGACCGACACCACUACCAGUCAGUCGCGCCUGCACCACGGCUCUCAGUAGCCAGAUUAAACUAAUAGAGGUGACCCUCUACACUUGGCACGAGUAUUCAUACUCUCAGACAUACUAAAGCAGGCAAUUCAAACCGUUUUACCUGGGUGAUCCCCAGUUCUACCAGGAGUCUAACACCCCUACGUGCUGACCCUCACACUAUCUCCCAACAGGACGGGAACGAGUCAUGGUGGACACUCUCAACGUUCCCAAGAUUUCUAGGCAAUGAUAAACGCCACAGUAACGGCCUCAGUGGAGAAGGUUCUGUUAUGAACUCUACCCCACACCGCUUGAUGGAGACCUCAGGCCCACAAGCCUUCAAGUCAAAACGGCAAGGGAAGGGCUCCAGCCCCCCUGCCACUAAGGUCAAGGGCAAGACGCCCAUCGAACAGACCAAAUAGGCGGAGCACCGGGAAUCCAAACCCCGUCCGCCACAAUCUUCUGACAAAGAAGACAUGGUAGAUGAGAGACACGAAGACAGCUCACCGUCUGAGGAAAUGGAACGGCAAGUCCUUCCCCACACUUCCUCGAAGUACGUUAGGGAAACCUUACUCUGUGACGGCGGCUGAGGCAGAGAUAACUGUAGCGGCACUAAACCAGAGUAGCCGAAGACGGAACGUUCCUGGACGAACACUAUUGACUGUGCAACCCUCGGGGGAUGGAAGGAUGCGCACGCCUCAAGACCGAGUUACCCCAGGGUACACAACUCAACCCUACCACCUCCAAAGAAUGGUCUCAAUGCUCGAUAUGCCUCCUGGGCAACGUAAAUGACGCACUAUGCGCCGACAGACGCAAAUCUGUACUGGGCCACAUCGACAACACACUAUUGGACUUAGGAACGACAAGAAUUCGGCCCAAAAGCACAAGGCCUACUAUUCGACGUAGUGUUCAUUGCAGUACUCAAGAAACACGUGAAUUUAUUCACCACACUAAAUUAAACCCAGACCUCGCUAAAACAAGUCUUCCACAACCCUACGGGGAAAGGUGUUUCUGGGAGGACUGGUCGGUAGCUGAACCGAGCCACCAGCCGCUUCUGGGCGACAGGUUCCAGAUCGUAUACACAGUCCUCAUAUUUCUCCCAUCUACUACACAAAGGAACCCAUCCGCUUCAUCUACUAGUGUGUCAACCUACAUAACUAACUGUUUCCAAUAUUAUGACCGGCAACCUGUCUCUGUUUUACAGAAUUGGGAGACGACUACCAAAGUCACCUGGGUUCUCCAGACAGUACAAGGCUAUGUCAUAGAGUUUUAUCACAGCCGUGCAGGUCGCCCCUUCACCUCCAUUACGCACGCUGGCGGAACAGGAACGCCUCGUGGACAAGAAAAUCUGCACCCUCUUCAGGAGGGGUGCAAUUCAACAUGCACCGGAGGGGAAGGCUUCCCCAGCAAAUUUUUCCUGGUCAAGAAGAAGCCAGGAGACUACAUCAAUGGAACUUCUACAUGGUAUACAAAUGCUGCAAGAUGGAGGAAAUUCGUCUUCUACAAGACCUCCUAGGCGAUAACGACUGGUUUACACAUCUGGACCUCAAGGACGCACGCUUGUCAGUACCCGUUGCCCUGGACUGCCGAAGUUUUCCUCCGAUUCCAAUGGUGAGGACAAACACGGCAGUUUACGACUCCGUGGUGCUCGCGAACCUACUGUAACCAGUGAGGGCACACAUCCGUAAAUUUGGGCGUGGGAUGCCUCGUAUACCUGGAAGACUUGCUGAUUCUUUAUCCACGCUACGUUUGCAGACAAAUUUGUCGUUCACUUUCGGGACUUCAUGGGUUUUUUGUUGUACACAGACAAAGAUCGCUUCUCCAUCUGAAUCGGGACAGUUCCUCUGUUUCGACAUCGGCUUGGAGAACUACGUUCCGCGUCCGUCUACGGCAAAGAGCGCCUCUAUAAGGAUAGCUGUCGGAUUGUGGGAUUCCUCUCCUCCUCCUCCAUACAAGCGUUUAUUCCCUGGCCCACUACGACUGAUGGUGAGAUACGUACGCACCGGUCACUCAUACGACCACUGGAUCCCACUGUCAGCGGAAGUGAGGAUGGAAUUUCGAUGGUGAUUACUUCACAUACAAACUUGGAUUGGCAAAACGAUCUUUGACUCUUCCUUCGGAUACGGGGCGAUGGAUGAACCCCUGCAAACGUGACCCAGCCGUUCUCCACAAUAGCAAGGGUGCUUCGAUACACACACACACCCACAAGAUAUCGCUCCUGCUCAUGACACCCCUCGGGCAGGGCCAACCGUGAUUUCCCGGAUCGCCUGGAGAUGUCUCGCGAAGACCCUCUACUACUCCCUACCUUCCCUCUACUUCUGAUGGGACCUCGAGGGGAAGCCCACUCCCUUGUCAUGGAAGGACAACUGGCACUAGUUGCAUGGACGGUUUCAGGGGCUCCUGGUCAGUUCACGACCUAUUGCAUCAACUAAGACCUCCUAUGGGACUCAUAGGCUCCACACCAGGAAAGGCUAUAUUUCUGCCUGGUCGGCCUGGAGUGAUUGGUGUGUGGAAAGGGAUUCCGAUCCCUUUACCGCAACUGUCCCACUGAUCCUCAACUAUCUGUCACACCUGGGCUCGUUGGGUCGGUCAUAUCGAUCCCUCAACGCGCACGUUCCGGUACAGGGCAGACCAGUGAGUCAAGAUACACUGGUUUGUCGACUACUGCUGGGUGCCGAAUUGUCGAGAUCCCUGCACCCAAAUAUUCACGCCUCUGGCAGGUGGAUGUGGUGCUGAGAUUCCUUAGGGAAUGGCCGGACAAUCCUUGUUUGUCACUGAAGCAACUUUCAGCCAAACUAGCCCUCUUAUUAUGCCUCGCCUCAUUUAGACGGUGGCGGACGUUAGGGCUUGCGAUAUGGAUGGUUUCUCUCUCACACCAGACGGGGUUACCUUUACCAUGUCGAGACGAACUAAGUCUGAUUUCGUCUUCAGUGUCAUACCCAUGCUUUGUGUCAGACGCCACACUAUGCGUGGUCAGAACGCUAAUGGGGUACACCAAUAUCUCUACCCCCUUUGAAUUCUACGGAUCACCUUCUGACUUCUUACGUGAACCCUCAUGGACCGGUGUCUACCGCAACACUGGCCAGAUGGGUCCGCUGGUUUUUGUCUUUAACGGCGAACCUUGUUUCGGAGCCCACUCGGUCAGGGGAGCGGCGGCCUCUCAAACCUUUUCGGCCGACGCUUCCCUAGCAGACAUUAUACGCUGCGCGGACUGAGCGCGAGUGAGUACGUUUAGAACAUUCUAUUUUCGGCAAACAUCUCAUUCUUCCUUCACAUUGAUCAAUUCAAAGCUUUAAAAAUGCAAAUAUGAAGCCUCCUGUCAUGUGUUAAAAUUGAAGUUUUAUAUUAGCUUUAGUGUACUAAUAAUCUUAAUUUUAGUAAUGACAGGAGGCGAAUAUUUCCCACCCUAUAGGAUCCCUCCCAUGUUUCUCGUGUUGAACAGAAUAUGUCCUUAAUGUUCAGGAAGGUAAGUAUGUAUGGUUUGUAUGUUUGCUACUUAGACCUGUAUCUUGUGGGUCUUGUAUUGGCUGAAUAUUAGACAUGAACCUUGCAUUAUGUUGUGUUUAUAGAUUCUUAAAUAUCAUUGCGUUAGAAUAAAUAUAUAUUGAUAUGUUUCACAUUCUAAUGUUCGUUGGUAUAUCAGAUGCUUAAUGCUUAUUGUAUGCGGACAAGUUAUCACGCCAGAUACCUUUCACCUUUUUCUUUUUCUUGCAGCGUGAACGUCUUCUCAUCGAGACAAAGAUUCACCUUCCAUACCUCUGCAUCGCGGAACUAAUGGAGUUGGAUAUUCUAAUAUGUUGUUGAACUGUUGACGUAAUAUGAUUAUGUCUCUUGUUAUAUAUUGUUUCGCUUCAAAGAAAGAGUAAGUGAUGUCAUAGACAGGGCCUUUUAUGGGCAUCAUAACUUUUUUCUGAUUGGUUGUUUAUGUUUCUAUGCUGCUGGAGUUUUCAGUAAAGAAAGAUAUGCAAAUAUUCGCCUCCUGUCAUUACUAAAAUUAAGAUUAGUACACUAAAGCUAAUAUAAUCUUCAAUUCUUCUGUAAUCCUGACAGGGACUGGCCAGUAAUAAUUCCCAUGCUGCUGAUUUACUAAAAGAGGGUAGGUUCCGAAUCACUGUGGAAAAUGUGUUACAGACCCAGUUACCUAUGAAAUUGGCUGCAAUCCAGUGUGGGCGGCUGUAUUAGUCCACAAAUGAAGAACAAGUUCCUGUGCUGGGGGGAUAGAAGAUUUUGCCACAUGAACAGAACUGCUCAAGCAUGUGUCAAAUGUAACAGCGCUAUUGUUGACAGGUGAACCUGGGAGCAGGUUGAGUGGAUGGAAAAUGAAUGAGCUCCCUUAUGUUAGGUGCAUGGUAAAGUUCAGAGGAUCAAGGAGAAACUGGGGAUCCAUAUGGGAAACAGGCAUCGUUGCCCCGGAAAGGAUUUUCCCUUUCCCUGAUACGCUGGACUUAGUCUGUGGGGAGGCUGUACUGCAAUGAAAUCAAGUCUAAUGUAUUUCCAGAAAUGAAAAUUGGUGUAGGGGCCAAAGGUUGAUCGAGACAGCAGAGUUCCAAAGGAUGUACCAGAUACAAAAGACACAUCUGCUUCAGAGUAUGGCAUUCGGUUCCAUAAUCGUUACACUCAUGUAGAUAAUGUAUUACUGAGGGACAAUACUGACGUACAAGAGGAGCCUACAGAGAGAUUAUGCAACUAUAUGGAAUAGUUUGGGCAUCUCUCCGCUCCAAAUGUAAGACGAGUGGCAAAGUAGAAUGCUCAGUUCAAUAAAUAUCGUGCUAAUGCCACUGGGACCGAUGCACUGUGAGCAAUUUGAAAAUGAGGAAUACGGAAUUUCCUAGGCAGGCUGUUUCUGUGGCCCUUAAGAUAGGCCAAAUACCAUAGCCUAAUACUGAGAACUUUAAAGAACGAGUAGCCGAUAAUAAAAUUGAGCAGAUAUUAUUGGGAUUCCCAUUGAUUAGGCUAAUAUGGUAGGUGCACCUGCAAAUAAAGAGGUUGUCAGAAACCAAUACUUGAUUCUGCCACUAAUAGUAAUUAAGUUGAAUGAGUCUUAACUAGUAGAUUGGAGGUUAGGACAAACCCUAAUACCUGAUUGAAGUUAAAUGACGCCUGUGCGGAAACCUACUGUGAAAUCUGUAAUCAGAAACUCAACUAGAGGAGGGCAAGUGUGACAAAAGUGAGUGAGUACGAAUGUACGAUCUGUGUUUCCUAGCUUUUAACUACUGACAAGUCUCGUAGCUAUGUCCUUCCAAAGGACAGGGGAACUUACUGUACAGAUAAUAACAUUAGACGAGGAAACGUGCUGAUAGCAACUGGCAGUGUAACGCUGAGGAGAUGGAAGUAAAAAGCAUGACGUAGGGCACUACAUGGGAGGGUAAGACGUCCAAAGUCAGGAGAUUAUAAACGUCACUAGUGUCAACAGUUAUUUAUAAGGAUGAAAGGAUGGGAGCCAUCAUGGCCUAAAUCUCUGUCAUGUUGUCUGUGUUUCCAGCUUGGUUGCUAACACAAGGUAGAGGAACCCAGAGCUAGAAAGGGUCUGGCUAUGAGUUGGGCCAAUGGACGAAUACCCCGCAUGAGGAUGGGUGUAGGCCUUGCAUGACUGAAUUACAAAUAUACAAUAAUAUGACACACACCAAUACUCUUAACAGCCAGUAGAUCUAUCCCUAAGGAUUGUAUGUGAAUAGAAAUGUAAUGAAUUGAUAGAAAGUAUGUUGGAACAUACUUAUCUUGCGCAACUAGUGGUAGAGCUUGAGAAAGUAAUAUCCUAGAGAGGAACCUAAAGACACAAUGGGAACGUUAAUGGAAAUAUGUCCAGUAUGGUGUAAGUGCUUAUUGAGUUAAGAUUAUAAAGUACCUGUGUUGUGGUUAAGAAUUAAAAUGUUAACAGGAUGAUAAGUAGGGAUAGUAAAAACCUAGAUAAUAAAACUUAUGAUUAUUGACAACCCCACAAAAGCCUCUCUCACACACACAACCCUACAAACAUCCACAUUCACAACCCUACAAGCAGAAUCUCCCCCAAAACACACCAAAAUUAAAGAACAUUCCAAUAUAAUGUACAUAAGAUGAAAUCCAAACAGAAUCUAUUAUAGAGAUGUAUUAAAUCUUCACACUCUUUAAUAUGCUUAAAAAAUCCAAAAUAAAAACACAUAAUGUAAAACUAAAAGCUCUGAAAAUAGAACAGCACAGAUUAGUCAUGUGAACUCUGGUGAUGACUUUGUCCAGAGUCCUUCCCCAAGAGAAGCUGAAAAUCCAGAACCUGGUGCUACGGUGAAGGUUUCCUCUGCUAUGCAAUCUCAUGUCUCCAGCUGGAGAGUAGGUAAAGAUGCAGAACUUUGAUCCGACCAGUUUAGUCUUUUCAGACUUUAUCAAGGAGAGUUUGCACUGAUGCAAGCAUGUCAGUGUCCGAAAUAGGAAGACAUAGGAGUGAAACCACACCUGUCACCAACACCUAAAGUGGAGCGCUCAGACUAAAUAUUAAUGAAAUUAAUGUUAUCUUGUACUUACCCCUAUUCCAAUACCUAUAAAUACCCUAUAGAAUGGGGGAAAGAAAAAUAAACACUCCAUAGUGUAAAUCUGUAUGGCAAAUAAAAUAUAAAUAUAAUAGUGAAAAUUCCCAAAAGGAAAAAUAAUGGUGCUACUAUCACCUUAGUGGGGCAAAAAAAACACCAAUACACAGAAAUAAACAGAAAAACAAAAAAUGGUGCGAGAACUCAGAUAUAUAAAAUAUACUACCCAAAAUGCAGUCAAUCUAUCUCUGAAAAUAAACCAAAAAAGAGAGACAUAGGGUAAUAAAGUUAAAACGGUACAAUAAAAUAUAUGUGUUGGUCUCACUCACAUAUGAACAGCCACUUAUAAAGCUGGCUCAAACUGCAUGCCUUGAACAAAUCACAUAGGACUUCAGCUGGGAACUUCCAGGUAUUCUGUAUAUAGUACCUCCAGACCGCAGAUUCAGGGGGUUAGAAAGAUUUUAUUGUCAGGAAACAAAUUAAAACAGUAAUACUAAAAAAAGUCCUAUUUGUAUGAAAGUCCAAAACACUUAACGCGUUUCGGCUAUCGCCUUCGUCGCUCCGACCUGACCAGCACCGGGCAAUUAUUUUCUAAACCAGGAGUGCAAGCAUCUUGGUGUGUGUGUGUGUGUGUGUGUAUAUAUAUAUCUAUCUAUCUACCCUCGAGCGUUAUGAGUUUCCCCCGGCAUACAUACACUCUAUUUUGGGGAACCAUAACAGUUUCACUAGAGCUUUUGAGGGAAACACUCAAAAUCUCAACAAUGUUAGGAUGUGGCUUUUGCAAACCACACCCAGAAUCUAUUUUGGUAGAUAGUGAUCACUCAAGGAGUAUAAGUUACUUUUAGCUUCUGCCAGAGUUAUGUUAUCCACUGCCUGGUCACCCAUAUUCUGCACACACUCUGUAUACCAGUAUAACGACCAAGGGUGGUCUCACAAUGGAGAAAGGCACCAAGAAAGGAUAGGAAAUAGAGGGUGGUGAAGAAGUCUGUAGAACUAGCCCACUCAUCUGCUGUGAGAGCCAGUCUGGAAAUAGCCACCAGGUGACAUUUCUGUGUUGCCUUGGCAAUCUGGAGCCCUGUAUUUGUUGAACUCUGCCCUAUAUAAAUAUAUAACUCCCCCCUUUGUCAUGGAAGAAUCUUGACAUUUUGCUUGUUAUAAUUUGAAGACAACUAGCGCAGUUAAAGAAAAUUCUGGCAGGAGAUUCGUCAAUUUUUUUAAUGUUGAUUUUGUUGUAAAUCUGCUUUUCUUGUCUUAUAUUUAAAAAUACAAAGAAACAAACUAUAAGCAAUUAGAUUACCAAAUGAUAGAGAAAAGAAUACUGCAAUUGUUACUGUGAUUUUAUCAGUAUAACCAAGGUCUUAAAGCAUUCUUGGAUAAUUUAGUUAGAUGUGUACCUAGGUUAUCUGACAUCUGGGAUAGAAAUGUAUAUUGGGGUCAAUCCCAGCCUGAACCUCCAGCAGACAUGACUCCAAACUCCAGACACGACCUGAAAAUACUAAUGUCGGACUUCCACAAAAUCUUGGCGGCAGAACUGGCUCCCAUCAAAAAGGAUAUGAAAGCCAUCACAGACAGGGUGCAAGCAUCCAAAAAAAACAUCAUGGACCUACAGUCUCACCUAGCCAAGCUCCAAGACUCAGUGCAGCAAGUCUGGGCACAACAGAGAAAACCAUGACGGCACAGCUGACAGCCAUGGAGGAACGUCAACGGCGCACAAACAUAAAAAUAAGGGGCAUCCCGGCAGAAAUCUCACCAGACGAACUGCCGCGCUACACAAGAUGCCUACUGGCCACAAUCUUACCUCACACUACAGUAAAGAAAAUGGCCUACCCACAUCUGCAAAGGCACCUUCAAAUGUGACCCAAGAUGUCAUACUCCGGUUCCUAACGGUCCAUGACAAGAUACAGAUCAUGUCCGCGCUAAAAGGUAAAACACCUCUGGCCUUUGAGGUUGCUAUCUUGGCUUUCUUCCAAGACCUCAUGAAAGCCACCCUCAUGUGGCAUAAAACUUUCAGCUCUCUCACUAGCGGCCUAAGAUCGUCGGGCAUCAGAUGGGGGACAAACGGAUCCCUGGUGGUGCACCGGAAUGGUACCCAACACAUGCUUACCGCAAUGGAGGAGGCACCCACACUCUUAAAGACACUGGGACUGGAGCUCCUGACCGCUGAUCCUCCAUCGAGACCCACUACUGCCAACUGGGACCCAGAACACGUCGCACCAUUUGUCCCAAGGGCCGGGAGCUCUUAGGCCCCGGAACCAAGACAGCCCCGGAACCUGAAAGAAAGGCACAAGAACCCAUGGAAGGAAGCCUAUUCCAGAUCCAGGCAUCGCCUUAGCAAGUCUAAAGACUGCAACUGUUUUAGCUCAACUUUUUUGUUUAUUUGGCUUAUAUGAUUUUUUUUGUUGUUGUUAUUUUCCUUGUUCGAAAUCAUUAUUAUUAAUCUUAAAAUGUACGACACUACAUGUCCAGGAUAGCCCAUCCCCUACGGUCACAACAUGACAAUAGCCACACUUAGAUGAACAAAGUAACCCUGGACUAUCUAGUCCACCAAAUGUAUAGAAGGGCGACAUGCACACUCUUCGUAUCCCCCACCCCUGCCCACAACUCCCUUGGUUAGAGUACAACCACCAACUUGCGUAGCCACAAUAAGGAGAAGCUACACCCAAUCACCUAAACACCUCUGAUAAUACACAACUGUAUGCUCUCAUCUCUAUGCACUCUCACUUAAAAUCUCUCUAAACUCACGUGUGCCGUAACCACUAACACACUACCUUCUAUUUAGCCCCCCAGCAACAUGGGACAGUGGCGCUAGGACCGAAUAGACAAACUAUACCUAUAAACACACAAGACAAGCUCUAUCACCUACAACAGAACCUAGGCCCACAUUCACAGCAUGUAUCAAAUUUAAAAUUGGUGCAGUUACUCAAUGAUUUCUACUCCAUACUAUGUUAUGCAUCGGAACCUCUAUACCGCAAAGUACAGUUCAGGGUAUGGUUUAUGCAAUGCACUGCAAAAAUAAAGAAUUUAAAAAAAAAUGUAUAUUGGACCCCUACAACUGAAUUUUUUUUUUUUUUGUCUCUCUGCAACCCUCCUAAAACCCUUUUGAUAGAGAAAUUACAUACACACACACACACACACGCUCACAUUCAUACACAUGCAAACAUUUAUAUACACAUACAUUGAUACAUACACACACAUUUGACCUUUAUUUAUCAGCUCUGUACUGAUGCUGGGAUGAUGUUCCAUCCUAGAUCCUGGCAUUCGUACAGGAUGGUAAGAUAGCUGCUCAGUCAGAGCAGACUGAUUCCAGCAACUUCCCUGCCACACGCAAGGUCUGUUGAAUUGCAAAGGUCUGCACUGGUGAGAAGUGGGUGCUCUUUGCACCCCUCUGUCAUUUGCCACUCUGGCCAGACCACCACCACCACCAACAACCCAUGGUUAGCUCACCAAAGCAUACAGUUAUGCCAAACUUUGCUUGCAUUAGGUCCUAGUUAACUGAAGUUACCAUCUAAUAUCAUUCUAGGAUUUAUCUAAAUAUUGUGAACAGAUUUUUUUUUUUUACUAGUGUCAGCUAUUUACCAGAUAUAAUACUAUACCUCUUAAAAAUAUUGCUUUCUUACAGAGACACUCAAUGCGUACAUUACUAAGGAGAGCAUAUACAGAUACAUUUGUUUUUUUAUUUUCUUGUUAGAUUGUUACAUUCCCAAGUGAAUGAAUCAUGCUCUUCGUAAUCUUGACAAAAAUAUUCCAUCAUGGGUGUUUCAGGAAUUAAUAUCCAUGAUAGAAUAAGUCCAACAUUGGUUCUUAAAGGGGUAAAAAAAACACAAGGUGUGUCGUAUAGUAAUGUAUUGUGGGUGCACUUAAUAAAUAAGUGAGAAAUUAGAAUUAAAAAAAAUACAGAUGUGAGAGACAACUUGAUGGAUGCAUGUUUCUUUUCAGCCUAUGUAACAUACACAUGGCAAAUUAUAAAACUGGUCCAAUGCUCUCAUGUUUUCAGUACUAUUAAGAUUGGAUGAAAGGAACACUCACUUUGUAAGAACAUUAAUUCUGUUUUAUCAAUGCAGUUAAAGAGGGCUUUGUUGGGGUGCUUUGGAGAGCCCUAGGUUUUGUUUUUUACUGUUCCUAAAUGGUUUGAUUUGAAUUGUAGGACAACACCAAAGAGUCUCUGGGAAACAUAAGCACUACACCAAACUGCGGUGGUGCAUAGUGUUUAACUUUACAGGAGCACUAUAGGGUCAGGAACGCAAACAUGUAUUCUUAAUGCUGUAGUGUUAAAACAACCAUCUAGCUAAUUUCUCUUUUUCCUACAACAUUUGAACGUACUAAACUAUGUGGUCGUUUUCUAUUUUUGCUGCAUAAAUCCUGGAUUGGCAAGCAAAACCGAGGGACAUUUUAAGCGGGGAUUAAACCGCUCACGUACCUACAAGUGGAGCUCUUGUUAGCUCCAGUCAUUUGUAAUUAAAUGCAAAAAUGUUUUACAUUCCAAAAACACUAAACUAUAUAGUUAUUAAUUAAAAAAAAAAAAAAUAUCUUUUUACUCCAUAUGCCACAUGUGAUUAUUAUGAGGCGAUACUCCCUCCCUCCCAAAUGAGUAUCCUGUAUUUGGCCUGGAACAGAGAGACUCUGAACUGGGUUGUUGAGCUGCCUCCCCUAUUUCACCUAUACAGUCAAAGGGCUAAACCACCACACAAACUGGUUAACCAUAGGUCAAUUGAUUCCCCUAGUCAUUUUACUACAUACAAUAAAACCUUGGCAUUUAAAAGCCACAAACUACAUGUAAAAACACCACUGCAGUCAAAUGCCAACACUACAUACACCAAGUUAAUGCCCACCAUUAUUUUAAACCCCCAAAUUCUACAGGCAGGCAUGUUCAGAAUAUUUGUUUUGAAACGCAUAGCCAUUGUAUAUUUAUUUAUUUUCCCCUGAUUUUAUCCCUUAGAUCUAUAGCAGAAAAUAUUACGGAGUUAUGUCGUCUUGGGAUUACUCAUAUUCUCAAUGCUGCUGAAGGGAAGUCUUUCAUGCAUGUAAACACCAACAGUGAUUUCUACAAUGGAACAGACAUUGUCUACUAUGGUAUUAAAGCCAACGAUACACCAUAUUAUAACCUCAGUUCUCAUUUUGAGAAAACCUCAGAUUUUAUUGAUAAAGCUUUAUCACAAAAAAAUGGUAAGUUUAUAAAAUAAGCUCAAAGCUCUGAUUCUUGUUUCACUAUCAAUAUUUUAACUCUGUUUGUUUAUGUUUCGUUGUUCACUUGUAUUGAAUAAUUUUUCAGUCUGCAGUUUUUUGUUUUUUUUCUGUCCACCAUACCGAGGGAUAUACUCAGGAAUAAGUCUACAAAUAUUGUCUUUUUUUUUUUUUUGGGAAGGUAUUUGUAGACUUCUUUUUCCAAAGAGGGCACUGGCUCUUUCUAGGUCUUAAAGGAUAAAUGAGAUAUUUCUGAUCUAGCACUAUUAUAUAGCGUUAUCCUAAAUUGACAGACAUUAAUCAUAUUUUGGAUUAGCCUUAAAUAUUUUUGUGUGCCACUUACAUAGUAUUACUUUUCUAUUUUUUUUGUCAUGGUACGCUCCCAUUUCUUUAAUACAUUUUUUCUCUAAGACAAUUGUCCGGUAAAGGUUGCAAUAUCAGACUUUAUCUAUUAAUGGCUAGGACGUUGAAGGAUCGAUAUUAUUGGAAGUGAUAAAACCUCUUAUUGCCAACAAGAAGGCCAAUAUUUCACAUUAUAUUCUCUUUCAUUUGUGAAAUGUUCUUGCAUGCAUGAACUCUUAUGUGUAAAAACAAUGCUGAUAAUUUAUACUAUAAAUGGAUCAUUUGCACCAUUUUGGAAUCAAUUUGAGAUUGUGGCACAGUUGGAAAAGACUUCAACCUUUUUUGUUUUCUUCUAUUGGAUUCUUUAUGUUCCUAUGUUAUAAUGAACACUGCAAGUACCAUAACCACUAUGAUGGACCUCAGGUAAGUUUUAAAACCAUUGGUUAGUGUGGGCAAAUAACCACUUUAACCAAUUCAAGGGGUUAUGGUGCCUACAGUUUUCCUUUAACCCUUUCAGUAUGACAGUCGUGUAUACAUGAUUACCGGGAUAAUCCCUCAUACCACAUAAUUGUGUAAACACAAUUUUUAAUAUUGCAAUUGAAAUUUAUGUUUUGAAAAACAAAUUUCAUUUGCAGGAGGUGCCCUUUGGUGUCCCAGACUGCAGUGCCAGUGCUACCAUUAGAAUGCCAGUUCUUUGUGGACCAAUGCAGCUGCAUGGGCCGGUGCGGAUAUGUAUAGAUCCUGCUCUGUGAGCUCAGGUGAGGGAGCUGCAGUUCUGCACAAUCCUUGUGUGAAGGUCACUGCUGAUGCUCCUUUGUGGUCAUAGACUGGAAGAGAGCAUUUUUAGUUGUCUGCACCUACGGAAAGUGCAGACCAUUAGCUCAGCCCACUAAGCCACCAGUAUAUCAGAUUAGAGCCCACCUUGCAGCCUAACAUUUAAGGAGGAGGAGGGGCUGCAGUAACCCCAUUUCACAGUCACCCCUCACAUUUACCCUGCCACACACCUCAGUAACCUCCUCUGCACCUUGAAGCUUGUUCACUGAGCUAUGCUUGGUGGUGCAGAGCCAACUCAUAGGCUGAGAGCACUCAGUUGACAGUCUAAGCCAAUGAGAAAAACAUGCCCAGCAAUUCUUAGGUAGGUGAAUAUAAUAGAAGCUCCUUACAGGAGGCAGUAAUGGGUUAUCAAACCAUUCUUAAACAGUUUGACUACUUACCAUGUUAGGGCUGUAGUGGUUGUGGUGUUUAGAAGGUUCCUUUAACCAUUAAGGAAGUAUGCUGAUCACAUCAUUUGAGCCUGUAAAUAUUUACCACACUGAACUGUGACAUUAUUUAAAGAUGCACCACACUGACCCUUAUAUAUGCACUUCUGCACAAUACCAUCCUAGUGACACUUUACAUGCCUGGUGCCCAUGAGGUACAUCUCCAGGUAUUUAAUACUCAAAACGCCAUGAUGCUUUACCAGCCUUUUAGAAUAGAAUAUUGUAGAUUUCAAUUUUCUGGAAAUCUACCUUUGGGCAACUUCCAUGAUGCUUUGUUAUUCUAAAAUCAUGGGAGUUGUAGUACUAUAACAUCUGAUGAUCUUCCUUUUGGGCACCCCUGCCCUACACUGAUAUGAGAAGACAACCCAUAGCUGUAAGUGCCCAGGUAAGCCCAACAAGCACAGACAUUGUCAACAGCAACAUCAUUCACUAAAGUGAGAAUAAACUGAAUUUCAAAACUGAAGUAUUACUUUUCAUUUUUCUUACAGUAAAAUGUUAUACAAAUUAAUUCAAUAGCAAACAGAAUAUUGAAGCAUAUAGCCACCCAUUCAGAUUUAAAAAAAAAAAAAAAGCAGCUUGCACAGUGGCCGCUGUUGGAGUGGUGCCUGUCAUUAUGUGGCAUUUUAGGGUAUUAGGCUCAGGGCAGGCAGGAUCUUAGAGGCCUCUUUAAUCCCCUUAAGGACCAAACUUCUGGAAUAAAAGGGAAUCAUGACAUGUCACACAUCCUUAAGGGGUUAAAGCUGAUUCACACUAAAGUAAGAAAGGCACCGCUUCAAACAUUGGGUCCCUGCCUUAUGUUAAUAUUCAGGAGGUAACCAGGGAGAUAAGGUGGCAGGCACCAGUGGUGCUUUCCUUAACUGAUCAAGGAGAGGGAUUGUGCUAGCCGCUGUUCGAGAGGUGCCUCCCUUGACAGGAUCAGGAGCGGAAGCUGGGGAGACAAGUGACUUAGUAGCUCCCUCCCCUGUAGGAGCCACAUAAAGGAGCACUUCAUACUCACUCUGGGAGAUAGGAAACCUGAAAAUCAGCUGUGAAACUGAACAAACAAACCCUGUAAUCAGAUGACUAAUAGCCUCUGCCUGUGAGGUUCUCAGAGCAGUAGUCAGAAGAACCAAAAGAAUGCAUAUUAGAAAUAGUUAAUGAAGAAAAAUCACAUAUGGCACAUGACUUACAACUAAAAUGACAUUAGUUUACAAGUAUAAAAAAAUAUAUAACAAAUAAACAUUCUCAGGGUUGUUCACUAAAGUGAGAAUUGCCAGGAAUUAAAUGUGAAGUCACAAUUAAUUUCUAAAUUGAGGCCAAAAUUGCCAAACUGAAUAAGCCUGAUUCAAUCAGAGUGCUUAACAUCAGUGGAAUGUCCAGCUAGCUGAAUCUUAAAGAGGCACCCCACUGCCCAUCUCAUUGUAAAGUAAAGACAUGUGCCCUGAACAAUUUCUGCCUCUUGAGUUUAACCUUCUAGGAAGUAACAGGAUCAGUUGUCUGAUUGACACUCAGAAGUAGGUGUAAAAAAUUCUAUUUAGAAAAGUACCAUUUUCUAUCUGCACUUAAUGAAAAAAAAAAAAAGAGGACACACUUUUCACACAUAUGCCACUUCCGCAAGCUGACAUGCUUAAGGGGUCUGGAGUGUCCCUUUAAUUGAUAUUUAGGUUAUUCCUUUUUCUGUGAUAUCUCUUAUGGAAGUAUUCCUUUUUUAUUUUUUUCAGGUCGUGUAUUAGUUCAUUGUCGUGAAGGCUACAGCCGCUCUCCCACUUUGGUUAUAGCUUAUCUUAUGGUCCACCACAAGAUGGAUGUAAAAACUGCUGUCUCCUUAGUCCGCGAAAAGAGAGAGAUUGGACCAAAUGAUGGAUUUCUAAAGCAGCUGUGUCAGCUUAAUGCAAAACUAGCAGUGGAAAACAAGCAUUAAUACUGAUUAUACUCAUGAGUUUUAACACAUGUCUAAUAAAACCUGUAUGUUUAUUUUACUGCCAGAAUCAAUCUCUGCAGAUACAUUUACAUUGCAAUCACACUUAGAUUUUUUUUUAAUUAAUUUUUUUUGUUAUACUCUUAUUUUACAUAGUGUUUCAGAAUGAUUACAUUUUUAUAUGGACAUUCCAAGCACCAAUACAACUUAUAAGACUUUGGCUUAACCCCUUAAGGACACAUGACGUGUGACAUGUCAUGAUUCCCUUUUAUUCCAGAAGUUUGGUCCUUAAGGAGUUAAAGGGACACUAUAAUCACCAGAACAACUACAGCUUAAAGGGACUCUCCAGUGCCAGGAAAACAAACCGUUUUCCUGGCACUGCAGGUCCCCUCUCCCUCCCACCCCCCAUCCCAGGUUGCUGACGGGGUUAUCAAUGACUUACCGUAGUCCAGCGCCGAUGUCCCUCGGCACUGGUUCAGGGUCCUCCCAUGCUCCUCCCCUGCCGGAUUACGUAAACCGGCGGGGAAGACCUAUUGCGCAUGCGUGGCUGCCGGCGGGGGAGACCUAAUGUGCAUGUGCGGCAUUAGUCCUCCCCAUAGGAAAGCAUUGAAAAAUGCUUUCCUAUGGGAAUUUCAGCGACGCUGGAGGUUCUCACAUAGCGUAAUGUGUGCUAUAAACCCGGAAGUGCCCUGGAGUGGCUGUCUAGCCACUAGAGGAGGAAUUAACCCUGCAAGGUAAAUAUUGCAGUUUAUGAAAACUGCAAUAUUUACAGUUGCAGGGUUAGGGGUAGUGGGAGUUGGCACCCAGGCCACUCCAAUGGGCAGAAGUGGUCUGGGUGCCUGGAGUGUCCCUUUAAUGUAUUUAUUCUGGUGAGUAUAAUAAUUCCCUUAAGGCUUUUGGCUGUAAACACUGUCUUUUCAGACAAAAUGCAGUGUUUACAUUACAGCCUAGUGAUAACUUCACUAGCCACUCCUCAGAUGGCUGUUAGAGAUCCUUCCUGGGUCAUGGCUGCCUAAAAUGCAUCCAACCAUUCAGAAUCUCCUCCCUCUGCAUGCAGACACUGAACUUUCCUCAUAGAGAUUCAUUGAUGCAAUUCAUCUCUAUGAGGAGAUGCUGAUUGGCCAGGGCUGUGUUUGAAUCAUGCUGGCUCUGCCCCUGAUCUGCCUCUUUGACAGUCUCAGCCAAUCCUAUGGGAAAACAUUGUGAUUGGAUCAGGCUACCACUUCUGAUGCUGUCAGCAGACUGCUUGUUUUUCUGAGUCUAACAGCAUGCAGAGUUACAGCUUUAGGCUUGAAUACAGUAAGAUUUUGCUAUAUUUAUGGAGGCAUGAGGGGUCCAGGGGAGCUAGGUGGUGGUUUUAACACUAUACGGUCAGGAAUCCAUGUUUGUGUUCCUGACCCCAUAGUGAUCCUUUAAUUAAUAUGCUAUUUUUCUCAGUUUAUAGCUUUUGUUCAAAAAUAAUCUUUUUUUUGCAGAAUGCUGAAUCAUAAGCCCGCCUCCUUAGACACACACCCUCACUCAGGAAAAACACUUCCUUAUAAAAUGUAUGUACACUGCGCAGCCACUGAUAGCACUGGAUGAACUGCACUACAAACCAUUCUGCAUUAGAAGAUAACACUCAGCGAGGAUAUCAUUUCCUGUUUUUCUCUAGUUUCGUUAUCUGCCACCAGGUUGUGAAUUAAAAGCAGCUCGCUCAGUGCUGUUAUGGGCUGAGCUGUGGACGUACACUGAUAAGGAAGUCUCUCCUGAGGGGGCAUGGCUAAGGAGAGAUUAUUAUUAUUUUUAUGUGCAGCUUUCUAUAAAACAUUAUAUAUUUUUUAACCCCUGUAUCAAAACUCAACUUUGAAUUCUAUUUGUCGUCUUGCUCAGAAAUGCUUUAGAUUUGAGAAAGGGAGAUUCUCUUGAAAGCUUGUCGUUAAAAAAUUCUGUUAGUCCAAUAAAAAAUGUAAGAUACACAUUUUAUCUAUUUUUUACAUCUACAUCACAGGACUAAUACGGCUACAAUCUCUACAUAUAUAAAUAUAUACCCUGCAGCAGGGGCGUGCUGGGCCGGGGGGCAGGGAGGCAAUUGCCCCCCAGGCCACCCUAAAUCCUUUUAAAACCGGCCGCUGCAGGGCCGGUCCUAAUGCCGCAGCCACCUGAGCGCUCUGUUAAGUGCCUCAGGCGGCUGCAGCUGCUUCUCUCCUCCCCUCCCCUUCCCUGUAGC